GAUAAAACUAGAAAAUAAAAUUGUCACAAAAACUUGAUGUCUGUGUGUGUGUGUGUGUUUGUCCACCAAACGCAUAGAAUACUUACUAUAUGGCUUUCCUUCAAAGUUAAGCAAAAAAUAAAUUCACUUAUGUUCUCAAAAUCCAUUAUGGCAUUUACAUUACAUUACACUCUUCCUCUGAAGACAUCAUUACAAAACAUAAAUGGCUUACAAAAAGCUCUAGAAAACAACAUAAACAAUCUACUAAUCUGAAAUUCUCACUCCAUCAUAUAACACCACUAUGUUUCUUGUUUAUCUCUUCCUCCUCCAAUUGUGCUCCCUUCCCCAUAUUAGUUUUUCAUCUCACUGUACCACUGAAACCUCCACUAAAACCUUCCAAAAAUGUAUGAACCUUCCCACCCAACAGGCCUCCAUAGCAUGGACAUUUUACCCUUUUAACUCUACAUUAGAACUAGUAUUCUUUGGAACCUUCAUUUCACCUUCUGGGUGGGUUGGAUGGGGCAUCAACCCCACUUCACCUGAGAUGACAGGAACGCGUGCUUUAAUCUCCUUUCCGGACCCAAAUACAGGCCAAAUAGUCCUACUCCCUUACAUCCUAGACCCUAAUGUCAAGUUCCAAAAAUCUCCUCUACUCUCUCAACCGCUUGACACCCACCUCCUCUCUUCCACGGCAGUCAUGUAUGGUGGCAAAAUGGCUACCAUACACGAUGGAGCUCCCAUCCAAAUCUAUGCCACACUCAAAUUAGUAUCAAACAAAACCACAAUCCACCUUGUUUGGAACCGAGGGCUUUAUGUUCAAGGAUACUCGCCUACUAUUCAUCCAACCACAUCAAUUGACCUCUCUUCCAUUGCCACGGUUGAUGUGCUGUCAGGUUCAUCUGCUCCUCAACACUCAGACCUUACAAUGCUGAGAGUGGUUCACGGCACCAUGAAUGCCAUCUCGUGGGGAAUUCUCUUGCCAAUGGGAGCAAUAACUGCACGUUACUUUAGACACAUUCAGGCACUAGGCCCUGCAUGGUUCUAUGCUCAUGCAGGAAUACAAUUGUUUGCUUUCAUUCUCGGAACCGUGGGGUUCGCCAUUGGCAUUCGCCUCGGGGAACUGUCGCCGGGAGUGGAGUACGGGCUGCACAGGAAGCUUGGAAUCGCCGUGUUUUGCCUUGGAGCUUUGCAGACUUUGGCCUUGUUGUUUAGGCCGAAUGCUAGGAACAAGUUCAGGAAGUAUUGGAAAUCGUACCACCACUUUGUUGGGUAUUCUUGCGUAGUGCUUGGGUUUGUGAAUGUGUUUCAAGGGUUUGAAGUGAUGGGGGCCAGCAGGUCCUAUGCCAAGUUGAGUUACUGUUUGGGACUUUCGACUCUGAUCGGAGUUUGCAUAUCUUUGGAGGUGAACUCUUGGGUGGUGUUCUGUAGGAAAUCUAAGGAAGAGAAGAUGAGGAGAGAGGGACUAAUCGGAACUUCGGACAAAGGGAGUAGUGGCAUCCACACUUGAGAGAGAAUACAUACAUGCAAACUUUGUAGCUGAAAAAUGGUGGAUGAGAAUAUAUAAUGUUGCUCCACUUUUUGUUAUGAGUAAAUAUAUAAUUUGGUGCUGAAAAAUGUUGCUUGUGUUAUUUUAGUCCCUAAAGUUUCUUUUAUAAAAUGAAAUUGUCAAUAACCUGAGAGUUUUGAGAACAAAGUUAUAUAGAUGGAAAUCUUUGGCAACCAAAGCAAGUAAUAUCUUUGAGGGACCAAAUUAUAUAUUUACUCCAUUUUGUUAUUAAUCCAUUUACCAUUAUAGUUGAAACAUGUUUGCUUCCACUUCAGAGUUAUGCUUUUAUAACCAACUGUGGAUGGCACAGUUGGUUGGACCUUCCACUCACACCUCCUGUGACUUGGGUUCAACUCUGGAAUUUUGCAAUUGAUAGAUUAUACGUAAAUUCCAUUGUGAAUUCUCAAUGAGGUUGUUGAUUCUCCUUGACCUUGUUUGAGGGUGUGCCUCCCCUAAUCUAAUUUACUUAAUCAAAGAGUUAUGCUUUUAUAGACAGGUGUACUUGGAUUUACUAUUUCUGGGUCUGAGUUCUUCUUAGUUAUUUGCUUGAAAAUUUAGUUGGGUUGUUGAAUGUUGAAUAUAUGUGAUAUUUGGAAACUGUUGUUAAUAAAGAAUUACAGAUUUUCCAUUAA